UUAAUUUCUUAUCUAUACAUCAAAACGCGCUUAAAAUCUACAAAGAUAUGUGUGUGCAUAUGUGCAUUGUGCAUUGGAACGCAAUUCCGGACGAACAAUAUGUGCCUCGAUAAAGAAACAUUGGCGAUCCACAUUUUGAUCUGCGCGCAUGCUCUUCUUUCACGCAGGGGUUGAUUGGUCGCCGGUCGAAGAAAGCGCGGCUUGGGCGAGCUUUAUAUAAGGGUAGUAUGACUUUGAAACUCCACCACUGGUUUUGAUUAUUGCGUCCGGGACGGAUUUGCCGUUGUCACAUCUCGCUGUCGUCCUCUCGAAUUUCUUCUAUUUUCCACAAGUGAGGUAGACAAGCCUUCAAUUUAGCUCUCGUUAUCACCCGAAUGUUUCGAUUCUCUUUGCAUCAUAGAGCAAGUGAGGAAAUAGCUCUAGCCGGAAAGCCUGUAGGAAAAAUGUCUUCGAAUCUGAGCAUCCUAUCCGAGCCUCCGGACGAUGUUUUAAUCGUCGAGGAACAAGGGACACCUGUCAUUUACAUCUUUGCGGCUGUCGUGCUCGGUUUCAUCGGCUUCUUCGGAUUCAUCUUGAAUCUGCUGGUCAUCCUGACGGUUGUCAAGAACGCUAACACGCUGUGGACACCCAACAAUGUGAUCCUUGUCAAUAUGGUUAUUGGAGAUCUUUCAGUAGCUGCACUGGGAAAUCCCAUCGCAAUGACGUCAGCGAUCGCUGGUUCGUGGUAUUGGAACCAUACAAUGUGUCUGGGAUACGCGUGGUUUAUGACUACAAUGGGAUUCGCCAGUAUCGGUAAUUUAACGAUAAUGGCAAUAGAAAGAUUCCUGCUGGUGACAUGUCCAAUGAAGAUAUUAUCCUUAAGACACGCUUACAUAUUGGCGCUUUUGGUUUGGAUAUAUGCGCUCUCUUUAUCAUUACCACCGCUUUUUAAUUGGGGCACUUAUGGCCCGGAGGCCGGUAACAUAUCUUGCAGCGUAUCUUGGGAAAUACAUGAUUCUGAGACGCAUAAUGAAUCUUAUAUCGGAUUUAUAUUUAUUAUUGGCUUUUUCCUUCCUGUCACAAUAAUUAUCAGCAGUUACUACGGCAUUAUAAGAAGCUUGAAGAGAAUGGGAAGAAGGAUUGGCCAAAAUAACAGACGAGAGAGGAAAAUUACAAUGAUGGUGUACCUAAUGAUAAUUGCUUUCUUAAUUGCCUGGUUACCCUAUGCCAUUCUUGCACUCGCAGUUCAGUAUUUCUAUGUACAAACCUCUCAGGCCGUAGCAGUGUUGCCUGCGCUUCUCGCAAAAUCAUCCAUCUGCUACAACCCCAUAAUAUACGCAAGUUUGAACGUACAGUUUUGUCGCACCUGGAAGAAAAUGUUUUCCAUCAAUACAAAUUCAAGAACAGCCAACAAUACCACAAUAGGAAUGACGACAAUGAGUAGAAUCAAAAUGAAGAAUUCCAAUCGCCCGUUGAAAUAAGUCAGCUAGAAAGAAGAUAAAACUUCGUACCUUUUGUAAUCCGUCAAUCCUCAGAGAUGGUGCAUAGACUGGAAAGAUGAUGCACGAACGAAGAUACGACAUGGACCAAUGAAUGGCUAAUGGAAAAAUCAUUUUCACCGUUCAUUCUGUAAUUAUAAAAGAAAAACAGCCUAUUUAAAAAAUAGAUCCCUAUAAGGAAACAGAUUUCUUUCAUGCAAAUAUAUACUUUUUCGAUAAUUUUCUGGACGCGCAAAGUUUUACAUUCUAAUAAAUAAUUCAGGAUUAUUUUUUAUAAAAUAAA